UUAUUUAAUAGCUUCGUGCCUAAUGAAAAUCGUUUAGUCUAAUGAAGUUGUUCGGUAAUUAAUUAAUCAUUUUGUCAGUUUUAAAUUAUAAGAAUGAAAAAAUUAUUUUUUCCCUUGCUACUUUUUGUAACAACGAGUCAACAAUUUUUAUACAGAAAAAUUAGAAACACCCUACCAACAACUGAGAAUAAUUAUCGUUUACCAAAUAAUUCAAUUCCACAUCAUUAUAAAUUAAAUUUAAAUCCAAAUAUAAUUCCUGAUAAUUUCACAUUUAAUGGAGAAUUAGAGAUUUUGUUAGAAAUUGUUGUGGUAACAAAAAAUUUAACACUUCAUGCGUCGAAUUUAACAAUUCUUGAGGAAGAAACAAAUCUACUUGGAGAGAAAGAAAAAAUUUUACCAAAUAAACAUAUUAUUGAUGAAGAACGAGAUUUUUUAAUUUUAACAUUUUCCAAAGAAAUUCAACCCGGAAAUUAUAUUCUUCAAUUAAAAUUUUAUGGUGUCAUUAGUAGUAAUGAUGUUGGACUUUUUAAAAAUUCUUACAAAAAUGAAGAAAAUGAAACAGUAUAUUUAAUUUCUACACUUUUUCAACCGACAUAUGCACGCGAGGCAUUUCCUUGUUGGGACGAACCGGGUUUAAAGGCAACUUUUGAAAUUUCAUUAAAACAUUAUCCAAAUUACACGGCUUUAUCUAAUAUGCCAGUGAAAAAAAUUGUAAAUGACAAUAUCGAUAGAGAUGGAAAAAUAUGGACAAAUUUUGAAACAACACCAAUGAUGUCAACUUAUUUAGUGGCAUUUUUAAUAACUGACGAUUUGAAAAAUUAUACAAAUUCAGUAGGAAAUUUUUCCGUAUGGUCUAGAGAAAAUCCUUUAAAAACAAUGAAAAUUGUCUUUGAAACUGGACAAGAGGCAAUUAAGAUUUUUGAAAAUUAUACAAAUAUUCCUUAUGCAUUUCCAAAACAGGAUCACAUAACAAUUCCAAGUGUUUCUGAAGCUAUUGAAAAUUGGGGCCUAAUCACUUACAGAGAAGAAGUAGUUUUUCAAAAAAAUAAUUUUUCAACAGAAAAAACAAUGGGGGCAAUUUUAAUUACAAUUCACGAAAUUUGUCACCAAUGGUUUGGAAAUUUGGUUACUCCCAAAUGGUGGAAACAUCUUUGGCUUAGUGAAGGAUUUUGUCAAUAUAUGCAAUGGAUUGUUGCUAGUCAGACAAUGCAUGAGCCAAGACUGUUAGAAAUUUUCAUAGCUACAAAUAAAUACGAGGGAUUUGAUUUUGAGAGGAAUUCUUCCGUUUUAGCUUUAACUCCAGAAUUAAAAUCUCGAGAUGAAAUACUUAGAACUUUCGAAACUCUCACAUACUGCAAAGGUGCAUCAAUUGUUCACAUGAUUCGCGGUAUUCUAUCGGAAGAAGUAUUCGAUGCUGGUAUUAGGAAAUAUUUACAAAAACAUCAAUUUAAAACAGUUAACACAGACGAUCUUUGGAUGUCAUUAAGUGAAGCUAUGAUUGAAGCUAAUGUUCCCUACAGUGGAAUGGAUAUUAAAAAAAUUAUGGAUCCUUAUUUAAAACAAAAAGGAUAUCCUACAAUAAACGUCAUUAGAAAUUACAAUACUGGUAAAGUAAAAAUAACCCAAGAAUGUAUUGUUUGUGAAAAAUUUUACAAUCAAACAAAUUCAAAAUGGUGGAUUCCCAUAAAUUUUGUUACAAAUUCAUCGUUACAAUUUACUACAACGUUACCAACACAUUGGUUGAGUCCCGAAGAUGAGGAAUUAAUUAUCGAUGGAAUCGAUUCGAACGAUUGGAUAAUUGUUAAUGUAGAAAAUACUGGAUACUAUCGAGUGAACUACGACAAAACAAAUUGGAACAAAAUUGGAAAUUACUUAAAUUCGAAGAAUUAUUCAAAAAUUCAUGUUUUGAAUCGAUUGCAAAUUAUUGACGAUGCUGCUUAUUUUCUUCAGAAUAAAAAAUUAUCUCAUAAUGAUUUUCUCGAUAUUCUUUCGUAUUUACAACGAGAAGAAGAUUAUAUACCAUGGAUCGCGGGUUUUCGAAUUUUAAACAAUUUUCAAAAUUAUCAGGAUAAUUUUCUUCUAGAAUUAUCAAUGCAGAUGUAUGCUAAAAUAUUGUUGAUCAAUAAUCUUCUAGAUCGUGUUGGUCUUGAGGAAAGUAUAAAUGAUGAUCUUUUCACUCGUUUACUACGCAAAGAUGCAUUAAAAUUAUCAUGCGAUUAUGAAAUGGAAUCCUGUCAAAAUAAAGCCAAUGAAUGUGUGUCAAAAAUUUUGGAAAAUUCCAAUCCUGAAUUAGUUCCACCAAAUGAAAAAGAUUGGAUAAUUUGUGCUGGUUUAAAAAAAUCUAAUGAAACAAUUUGGAAUUUAAUGUUGGAUAUUUAUAAGAGAACCAAAGAUGAAAAUGUACUUGAAAGUUUGAGUUGUCGUGACGAUGAGAAAACUUUAACAAAAUAUUUAAAAUUAAUCACAGAAGAUGAUAAUAAUUUAAUUUUGGGAAGUAAAAUUUUGGAUAUAUUACAUUUUGCAUCGAAAACUAAUGUUGAUUUGACAUUAAAAUUCAUUAAUACAAAUCGUCAAGAAAUUAAAGAAAAAUUAAACAAUGAAUAUUCAAUGUCUAGUGUUUAUGAAAAAAUUAUCAUUAGCUCCAGAGGAUUGAAGAAUUUAAAAAAAAUUAAAAAUUUCAUAGAAAAGAAUGAAGAUCAACAAACAAUUGAAGGAAUGAAACCUCUUAUCACUAUGAAAGAAGAAGAGAUAGAAAUUAACAAAAUUUUAUAAAUUUUUUUAAAAGUUACUAAAUAAAUAAAUUAAUUAAUUACAAAAAAAAAUAUUGAAACAUAAUUUUUUCAAUAGAAUUCUUUGGAUCUCUUGAAUUAAAGUGAAUUAAAUGAAAUAGGAAUUUCAAUUUUAAAAAAAAACCCCGACAGAUGUAUCGUGAUUUUUAGAUUUUUCACAAAAUCUGUACUAUUCUUCUUCAUUAUAAAAAUCGAAAAUUUUUACAUUGGAAAGUAACGAUCCUAUAUGCAAGUUACUAAAGUUCUUAUUGCAAAAUUGAAAGUGAAGUUUGUUAUCAUAUUUUCCCUAGCUUACCAACAGUCCGUUAUUUAAAUGUUUAAAUUUUCAAAAUUUUACCACCUAAUCUUUAUAACUUAACAAUUAAAUAUUAUUAUUAUAAUUAUUGUUAUUAUUAUUAUUAUUAUUAUUAUUAUUACUAUUAUUAUCAUUAUUAAUAUUAUUAUUAUUGUUACUAAUUUUCUUAUUCAAAAUAAUUUUCUAGCAAAAUAAAAAAUUUGUCGACCAUAUUUUGUAAUAGAUAUAAAAUUUUCCAAA